AUGGAAUUCUCGAAUUUCGAGGGUGCUUCACAGUACGGCCCACAAGAUGAUGAUCUUACAUCAGUCUAUUCAGCUGUACCCAACUCAGUGAUCAAUGGAAGCUCAAACCACAAUCAUCAUCAUCAUGCUCCUUCAACCAUAAACGGCGAUUUCACCAGUCAGUUCAAUGAUUUGGGGAUUUCAGAUCCUUCGAAUGGGCUGAGAUACGGGGAUGAUGAAUUUGAUGAGAGGGAGAGGGAGAUGUUGGGCGCUGGAGUUGAACAUGCUUGCGCUUACUGUGGUAUACAUAAUCCCCAAUGUGUGGUAAAGUGCAUGCACUGCAAUAAAUGGUUUUGCAAUUCUCGAGGAAACACCUCCGCAUCGCAUAUUGUCAAUCACCUGGUCAAAGCCAAACAUAAGGAAGUAGUAUUGCACAAGGAGAGCGCUUUGGGAGAUACAGUACCAGAAUGUUACAAUUGUGGAAGUAAAAACGUAUUCAUGUUAGGUUUCAUUCCCGCCAAAAGUGAUACAGUCGUUGUACUUCUCUGUCGACAACCCUGUGCCGCAUUGACCAAUUCAAGAGAUAUCAACUGGGAUACAUCUCAAUGGUCAGCUAUCAUUGACGACCGACAAUUCUUAUCUUGGUUGGUCAAGAUACCAUCUGAAGCUGAACAACUACGAGCGAGGCAAAUAUCUUUGGCCCAAAUCGCCAAAUUGGAGGAAUUAUGGAGAGAUAAUCCCGAUGCUAGAUUAGAGGAUGCAGAAGCUCAAUCCGGUGAAGAGGAAAUGCAACCCAUCUUGUUAAGGUACGAGGAUGCUUAUCAGUACCAAAAUAUUUUUGGACCUCUGGUAAAGAUAGAAGCAGAUUACGACAAGCGAAUGAAAGAAUCGCAAACCGAGAAUGAUAUUACUAUACGAUGGGAUAUGGGUUUGAACCAAAAGAGAUUAGCAUGGUUCUGUAUGCCAAAGUUGGAAUCAGGAGAAGUUAGAUUGGCUGUAGGAGAUGAGCUGAGAUUGAAGUUCGUUGGGACAACUUCAGCUGGUAUCAAGGGGAUGCAGGCGUUCAACUCGAAAGGGUGGGGUGGAGGUAGUAGUGAAGGCUGGGAAGGCAUUGGAAGUGUCAUCAAGAUCCCUAACAACGUCUCUGACGAGAUUUGCCUGGAAUUGAGACGAAACGAUGGCGUACCUUCCGAUUGUACCCAUGGCUUCUCGGUGGAUUUUGUCUGGAAAGCUACAAGUUUUGAUAGGAUGCAAGCGGCCAUGAAGACAUUUGCGAUCGACGAGAAGAGUGUCAGCGGAUAUAUCUAUCACAAACUCCUCGGACACGAGCUCGAACCUCAAGUUCUACGUACUCAAAUGCCCAAAAGGUUCUCAGCACCCAAUUUGCCCGAGCUGAAUCACUCCCAGAUGGCUGCUGUUAAGGCGGUUUUACAAAAACCUCUCAGUUUGAUUCAAGGUCCUCCUGGUACUGGUAAAACGGUAACUUCAGCAUCUAUCGUGUACCAUCUAGCCAAGAUGAAUCCUGGUCAAGUCUUGGUCUGUGCCCCUUCCAACGUAGCUGUCGAUCACUUGUGUGAGAAGAUUCACCAAACUGGAUUGAAGGUGGUACGACUUGCGGCCAAGUCUCGAGAAGCUCUAGGAUCAAAUGUGGACUUCCUUUCGCUCCACAAUCAAGUAAACAAUGCCGAUACUCAUCCCGAACUUCAGAAACUCAUCCAACUUAGAAACGAUCAAGGUGAAUUGAGUCAGAGUGAUGAAAGGAAAUAUAAGAGUUUGGUCAGAGCGUGCGAGAAGGAUAUUCUGAAUGCGGCGGAUGUCAUCUGUACUACCUGUGUCGGGGCCGGUGAUCAACGUUUAAGCAAAUUCAAGUUCAGGACCGUUUUGAUCGAUGAGGCUACCCAAUCAGCUGAACCAGAAUGUAUGAUCCCUCUUGUCAUGGGAUGCAAACAAGCUGUCCUCGUAGGUGACCAUCAACAAUUGGGUCCAGUAAUCAUGAACAAGAAAGCUGCCAGGGCUGGUUUAUCUCAAUCUUUAUUCGAAAGACUUGUCAUCUUGGGUAAUCGACCAAUCCGACUUCAAGUCCAGUAUCGAAUGCACCCUUGCUUAUCCGAGUUCCCAUCCAACAUGUUCUAUGAAGGUACUUUACAGAACGGUGUCACUGCACCUGAACGGCUUCGAAAGAACGUUGAUUUCCCUUGGCCUGUCAGCGAUACGCCAAUGUUCUUCCAUCAAAAUCUUGGUACAGAAGAAAUCUCAUCCAGUGGAACGUCCUUCCUAAACAGGACUGAGGCCUCCAAUGUAGAGAAGAUGGUCACCAAAUUCUUCAAGUCGGGUGUACUCCCUUCUCAGAUUGGUGUUAUCACACCCUACGAAGGUCAAAGAUCGUACAUCGCAGCUUAUAUGCAAUUGCAUGGAAGUCUCAAGAAGGAUCUAUACAAGGAAGUGGAGGUUGCUUCGGUUGAUGCUUUCCAAGGUAGAGAGAAGGAUUAUAUAAUUCUCAGUUGUGUUAGAUCAAACGAGCAUCAAGGUAUUGGUUUCUUGAACGAUCCUAGACGAUUGAACGUCGCUUUGACUAGAGCCAAGUAUGGUGUGGUCAUUCUGGGUAAUUCAAAGGUAUUGAGCAAGCAUCCACUGUGGCUAUACCUCCUUACCCAUUACAAAGAGAAAUCAUGUUUUGUUGAAGGACCGUUGAGUAAUCUUCAACCCAGUAUGAUCCAAUUCUCGAGACCCAAAAAAUCUCUAGCAGCAGCUAUGGAUCCUUUUAAGAGACGAGAGAGUCCCGCUGGAGAAUACAUGGACAAGAAUGUCGGAAGAGUACCUGGCCCAGCUGCUGGCCGAUUCGAUCCAUCGUACUAUCGAACUCACAAUACAAUGUCAUUCGUCCCAUCCGACGCUCAAUCAGUCAUCUCCCAAGCCAUCACCAACUCCGCAUUCCCCCUAUUCCCACCUGGUGGAUCUAAACCCAAGACAUAUACGGGUUAUGCAUCCUCAGUGAUCUCUCAGCAACCUACCGAUUCUGGAUUAGGUUUACCAUCCAAUCGCAACUCCAAGGGAAACUUGACACCCGGUAUUGGUGGAAUCGGAUAUUCUCAAUUUGAUAGACUGGGAGGAGGCAAGAGAAGAGGUAGUUUCACGAGCGAGGCUGCCAGUGCGUCGAUGUAUGCCUAUGGGUAUAAGGGAGGGGAUGGGGAGGAUGAUACAUUGAGUGUUGCGCCGAGUCAAGCUGGAAUGACAGAAUUUUAG